AAAGAGAUGUCAGAGAUACACAAAUUGGCGGUGGCAAGGUGGAUAGCUGAAAUGAAGCAGUUGCUGAUACAAGGUGUAAAAAAGAAGGAUUUGCCAAAGAAACUGGUGCAUUUUAAAAAGCCUACUUUGAAGAUGCCAGAAGAUGACAACAAGGAUGAGAACAGAACAGAGGUAUCUAAAGAUGAGUAG